AUGCCCUGGCGGCCGCUGCCUCGCAUCGCCUUUGCGGUGGCUAUCUACCCGUUCCACCCGUCCUCCCCCGCGGACCUCCCCCUCGAACUCGGCGAUGAAUUGUACAUUAUUGAACAGGGAGGCUCAGAUGGUGAGUGGUGUCGAGGAUAUCUAGUGGCGCCACCCUCGCUGCUCGCGGGGUUGACGAGUACCAAGGGUCAGACACUGGAGGCCCGCGUUUUCUCCGGAAUCUUUCCGCGGAAUUGUGUUGAGAUUCGAGAAGUACUGGGCGACGGCGAGGGCUACAAGGCACUGCUCAAUGGCGAUCGCAAGAGUGUGGACCACUUGACGCUGUCUGGCCUGGACCCCGAGUACGUUCGCAACAGUGUGGCCGCCUACUCCAUGGUGGAUUCCCAGAAUGGCGGCGAAUUGUCAGAUGCCGUCUUUGGGAAAAAGGGGAAACCGACGCAUAUCACGAUCCACAAAACCGAUGAGCCAGAUCUGGCGAGUCCGCGAUCGAUGCAUACAUACCGCACAGGGUCGAUCCCUCAUACACCCGUGGCGUUUGCGCCACGCGAUCCUGAUGCGCCGAAGCCUGCGGCACCGGUGCCCAUGCUGAAGAUUGGUGACGAGACCCCGACCUCUCUGACGGAACCUUUGGUGGAUGAAAUCGCUUCAUGCCUUCGCGAAUGGCACUCCACGAACUUGCAUGAACUACUCCUUGCCCAGCAGUAUGACGUCCUCGAAGAAAUGUCGACAAUAGUCCAGGAAUUGGAUUUCGCGCGUCGUCAAUUGUUGCAUAAUGUGUUGACCAGUAAAGAGAAGGAAGCGCUGCGAGACGACACUGUGUGGAAGCUGGUGAGAGCAAACAAGAUGCUCAGUGGAGAUGUGAUUGUUCGGGAUCCAGAGCAGAGAGGCCGGUUGUUGACUGGCGAUGACUCCGCUAUUCAACUAGCCAAGCUGCAAUCCGAGAUGAGCAUGCUUGACAAUCGGCCCGUGGUCAGCUCGGACAGUACCGCGCUGAACCAUCUACUAUUGGAAAUCAAUGCACUAUCCGGCAAUUCUAUGGGCCCGGUGUCACUCGGAAUGCAGCUCUAUUCACGAUCUGAUGCUGGGGCAUUCCACCCGCUGUCCGAGACGUAUAACCUGGAUAUUCCGUCUCCAGAUAAAUUUGUUAGCUUGACCCAGAGCAACAAGUUGAAGACCUUGUUCACCGAGCUGGCAGCCACUGAUAUUGGUGAUGGAUCUGCCAAUGGACGUCAACUAUAUCUGGUGGCCUCCGUGCGGGCAUCCGAAUCGCGCACCACAGCUGAUAGCACACCGGCGUCGAGAUCGUCCAUUUCUAGAGAUAGCCCCUCUUCUCCAAAGGCUGGUACAGCCGGAGGGGUUCAGCCAUCAGUCAAGGGAAGUUUGCGGACACGGCGAAGCAUGAUGUGGGCCCCCAAAACGAGGACUGGAACCAGCCUUGACCAGCCCAACAAGCCAAAUGUCCAAGGGGCCCUGCGCUCGUCCAGCAGCUCGUCCAGCGUCAAGGAAACACCGAACAAUAACCAGUCAUCUUCGAAGGAUCCAAAUGCAAUCCGUACUGUUGGUGUGGGAAUCUUGGAGGUAUCACCGGUUCUCCGACAAGACCGUGAUACUGAACAGGUGAUGAACAUUUGGUCUGCUCCCCGUGAGGGUGAGGAGGGCGAGGGUCACCCUGAUGGCUUCGACAAGCUCCUCCGCCACCUCCUGCCCAGCCCGACUGGCCGUUAUGUACGCACCGGUCCGGCUGCACGACUUCAUGUCCACCUGCAUCCUUUCACAAGCACGGAUCCCGACGACCUUGUUCGCCAGAACCCGACGAUUCUUCACGAUGUUAUCCAGACCAGGCGGAUCGGGUUCUCAAAGGCUCCGACACGACCGAGAUCUGACAUCUACGUCACCCUCUCGCAGGCCGUGCUGCCACCUGACGCACUCCUCUCUCAUCCUUCUGCAGGUCAAAUCCCUGUGUCAUUCCUUACUGGUCUUCGCAAUCUCCAGCUCACCCUGGAGGUGCGCGAUGCUUCUGGAGCUCGAGUCGACCGGUGUGUCUUCCCUUCGUCAGCCCCUAUAUCUCAUACGGCUUGGCGCACAACCAUUGCCGAACGUGGUUCACCUUGGAACCAGACUAUUCGUUUGAAGAUCCCGACUGAGCAAAUUCCUGGCUCUCAUAUCAUCAUGAGCGUUGCUGAUGCACCUGAAUUCCCAUUUGCCCUGGCUUGGAUGCCACUUUGGGACCAGCAAGCCUUCAUUAAAGACGGAAGUCACUCUCUUCUCCUUCACGCAUAUGACAAGCAGACGUCUAGCAUGGAGAAUGGAAAGGGUGCUUAUCUGGGCCUGCCGUGGAGUGCACUGGGCAAGAAUGAAGCUGCCAAGGACGAGGCAGUGACCGGUCCUUUGGCAACUCUGCGCCUUGAAACACACCUUUGCAGCACGGAAUACUCGCAAGAUCAAAUUAUUUUGAGCCUGCUCAACUGGAAGGAGCGCCCUGUGGAUGAGGUUUUUGACACCCUCAAGCGCUUGCCCUUCGUUCCUGAAAUCGAGAUUGUGAAGCAGCUCCGUGGUGUAUUCGAUGCGCUUUUCGGCAUCUUGGUCGAGAAUGCUGGAAAUGAGGAGUAUGAAGAUCUAAUCUUCAACAACUUGGUUACUGUUCUUGGCAUCGUUCAUGAUCGACGAUUCAACCUGGGCCCCCUGGUGGACCACUACGCCGACGAGCAGUUCAACUUCCCAUUCGUUACGCCGUGCCUCAUCCGAAGCUAUCUGCGCCUUCUCAGCGCUGCCACCGAUAUGCACCAGUCUCGGAAUCUUCGUGCAGCCUUCAAGGUAGGUCGGCACCUGUUGAAGUUCAUUAUCAAUGCUCGCGAGCAACAGAAGGCGAAGGAAGAGGGAAUCGGUAUCACCACCGUGCAAUCGACCUUCAACCGGGAUUUGCAUACGAUUUUCAAGUCCAUGGAAAAUCUCAUGAAAAACUCCUCCCCGACACUCGUGGGCAGCAAGACCUUGAUCGUUCAGCACUUCCACUCAUGGCUGCCCGAACUUUCCAAGGUCCUGGGUCGGGACGAGAUGAUUAUGAUUGCCUUGAGUUUCAUGGAUUCAUGCAAGGACGUUACUGGUAUGCUUGUUCUUUACAAACUGGUGCUCAUCCAGAGCUACACUCAGUUUGAGAUCUUCGCAUCCGGUGAGGAGCGACAGACCUUGAUCUCCAGCUGUGUAGGUUGGCUUAAGCCCUAUUGGGGCUCUACUGCGAGCGUUUCAGACCAGUACCGAGACCAAGUUCGUCUCAGCAGUGCAAUUGUAGCCCAGUUGCUCACCCAGCCGGACGCUCAACUCUACGAUUUCAUGCCCAGCAUCGUUGCCUCUUACUGCGCUAUCUCAACAGAGGGGGUGGAAGACACUGAGUACCUUUCUCUUCUCUUCAGCAAAUCCUUCCCAUUCCAAGUCAAGACAUCGACAACGCCGCAAAGAUUUGAUGAAUCGUUGGUGGAGUUGUCAGCCAUCAUGGCUGCGAUUGCCAACAUUGUGACCCCCAAGACUCCCAAUCUCAAGGACCUGGAGCUCUCAACCUUCAUUGCCCAGGCGUUGGAGGCCCACAACUCCAUUCUGGAUUGCGAGGCUUAUCCCGAGAACUGGUUCAGCAUUCAUGUCUACAACCACCGCGCAGCCGUCAAGGGCCUCGAACAUCUUGCCUUGCUUAUGAUUGACAGGCUCCUCCCGAGUCCUGAUGAUGCCGACACAUUCGACACUAAGCUUUGGGAGGCAUUUUUUGCUACCUUGCUGAAGGUCAUCUCGAGCGAUGCCCUUGCCCUCGAGACAUUCCCCGAGCAAAAGCGGAGAGCUGUUUGGAAGAUUGCCGGCGACGUUCGUGAGCAAGGCGCCGACCUUCUGCACUCCAUCUGGGAGGCAAUUGGCUGGGAAACCUCGGAUGAAGAGAGGGAGCGAUUUGACCUAAAGAAGCUGGGUGGUUACCAAGUUCAAUACGUGCCAAACCUCGUCCCGCCCAUUGUCGGACUUUGCCUCAGUGUUCACGAAGGCCUUCGCCAUGUCGCUGUUCACAUCCUGCGCACCAUGAUUCUCAGCGAGUGGGAUCUUAACGAGGAUAUUUCGAUCAUCGAGACGGAAAUCAUCUCUAGUCUGGAUUCGCUAUUCAAGUCUAAGCAUAUGAGCGAGAGCGUUAGCCAAAAGAUCUUUAUCACUGAGCUGUUGGAUGUGUUCGAAGGUGAUGCGGAGUCUGAUGAAGGCUUGUUCAACGCUGUCAAGGGUCUCAUUUCUACCGUUGAUGAGCUACUCGAUCUGCUGAUUGCUUCUCAGAGCAGCACCUCGACCCAGAGUCUACAUGCUCUGAAGCUCAUGGAGUACAUGAAGGAUAUGGGCCGUGAAGAUAUCUUCAUUCGGUAUGUGCAUGAAUUGGCCGAUGCCGAAGCUGCUGCUGGCAACUUCACCGAAGCCGGUCUCGCCCUCCAAUUCCACGCCGACCUCUACGAAUGGGACGUCAACAGACCGCUGCUGGAGACCCUGACGCCAACUUUCCCAGCCCAGACUGCCUUCGAGCGCAAAGAGGCCUUGUACUUCUCUGUCAUCCAGCAUUUCGAGAACGCCAUGGCAUGGGCCCCCGCUUUGGCUUGCUACAAGGAGCUUGCUGCUCACUACGAAAGUACGACUAUGGACUUUGCAAAACUUUCUCGGGCCCAGAGCUCCAUGGCCCGGAUCUACGAUUUCAUCGCCAAGGGUGGCAAGCAGUUCCCUCGAUACUUCCGUGUCGUCUACAAGGGUCUUGGCUUUCCUGCCACUCUCCGUGACAAGGAGUUUAUCUUCGAAGGCUCCCCUACUGAGCGCAUGGCUUCUUUCGUGGAUCGGAUGCAGCGAGAGCAUCCGACAGCCCAGAUCGUGUCUUCCGGCGAGAUCCCCGACUACGAAGGCCAAUUCCUGCAAAUCACCAGUGUUAGCGCUCAUCGAGACGUUGCCCACCCAGUCUAUCAGCGAUCGAAGGUCCCGCAUUCCGUGCGUGACCACUUGCUGAUCUCUGAGCCGUCGCGCUUCUCCGCUACCUCGCGCCGACACACCAGCAGCUCUGAUGUGCGUGAACAGUAUGUCGAGAAGUUGAUUUUUAGUGUGGCAGAGCCGUUCCCCAAUAUUCUGCGCCGCAGCGAGAUUAUCAAUGUCCAGGAAAUCGCCCUGUCGCCUCUCCAAACUGCCAUUGAGCGGACUUGCCGCAAGACGCAGGAACUGCAACUAUUGGAACGACGGGCUGCUUCGGGUGAGGAUAACACUCUAUCCAACCUCACUGAAGCUUUGGACCAGCUGCUGGAAUCGAGGUCGUCGCCAUCCAACUGCGUUUCGAUGUAUCGCGCCUUCUUGAGUGGUGCCCAAGGUACAAAGGACAAGUACCAGGACGUUGCGGAAGGAAAUGAAGAUGAGGAGGACGAGGUAGAGGACGAGGAGGAACCGGAGAUAAUGGAUCCGAUGGAGAACGCGCUUGCUGUUGCCCUCAUCGACCACGCUUUGGCCAUUAAGCACGCCUUGUCUCUCUACCAACGACCUGCCCAGCAAGCGACCCAAGCCGAGCUGUUCCGUCGUUUCGAAGACGUCUUUGAGCCCGAACUAGCGUCACUUUCUACCUCGCCUCCGGAGUACUCCUCACCCACACCCACUCAACCUGCCCGUCGAUCCCCUUCCUCGUCGGAGCAUCGUCGCACUCAGACUGCCCAACGGUCCGUCAGUCCCGAGCAAGAGCUCAUUCGGGCGUCCCGCGGCAAGUCACACACUCGCAAGCGCUCUGAACGACAGUCGGUCAGCCAUCGGAUCAGCAUCAUCAAUCCUUUCAGACGCCACGGCCAUGGGGCAUCCAACUCGAUCUUUACCAUCCAACAAUCCGACAGCAAGAACCAACUGGACCAGGAAGACGGUGAAGACGACGCAGCCACCAUCCACAGCCGCGCAACCAGCCACUCGCGCGGUGACAAGCGGCGCAGCUGGUUCGGCGGCGGCGACAAGAUCAAGUACGGAUCCUCUCCCUCUGUGGCUGAUGACGGUUUGAAGAAGCGCACGUCGCGGAGCGCCUCCCGCGACACGACGGCGCAAUCUCACGACGGUCGCAGUCGGGCAGGAUCCCAACAUCGCGGCCCAACGGCCAGCGGUGCCGCGACCAACUCAGAACGACCGGCCCCUGCGUCCAGUGGUGGUUGGUCGACUCUGCCUCCCACGCGCGAUUAUUCUCGCCCGGUGACUCGCGAUAGUGCCCAUACGGGACGCGACAUGACGGUCGGCACCAACGGGACCCCGCGGGGGUCAUACACAGCCACAGCCAACAACACCACUGCUAAUGCCAAUGCCGCGAACCACGGGGUGCGCGACUCGGUGUUCCGACGCUUCAGUUUGCUCAAGGGUGUUGGGCGGAAGAACAGCCGGAUGGAUUUCAAAGCCAAUGGUGCGCUGCCGGAGGAGUAG